AUGGUGGCCCCCGGGAACCUCCAGGGCCUGGUCCUAAAAGAUGUUGUGGCCUGUGUUGAAGUGUGGUCAGCCAAUGGGACAGAAAAUUACUCCAAGACCUUUAGGAGUCAACUUGUGGAUAUGGGGGCAAAGGUUUCAAAAACUUUUAACAAACAAGUAACUCAUGUCGUGUUCAAAGACGGGUACCAGAGCACCUGGGAAAAAGCACAGAAGAGAGGCGUGAAGCUCGUCUCGGUGCUCUGGGUUGAAAAAUGCAGGGUAGCUGGAGCGCACAUUGAUGAGUCGCUGUUCCCUGCAGCCAACACCAACCAACACCUACCAAGCCUGUUAAAAAAAAAACGCAAGUGUAUGCAGCCCAAAGAUUUUAUUCCCAAGACACCAGAAAAUGAUAAAAGACUGCAAAAGAAAUUUGAGAAAAUGGCUAAAGAGCUGCAGCAGCAGAAAACCACUCUGGGUAUCAAUGUUCCUGUCCUCUUAUUUGAAUCUAAUGGCUCGUUGGUGUACAGUCCAACAGGUAAAGUCUACAGGGGCCACCACAGUGCAAUGAAGAAGAGGCUGCAGGAGAUGAAGGAGAAACGGGAAAACCUUUCCCCCACCUCCUCCCAGAUGAUUGAACAGUCUGAUGAUAAUACUGUGAACUCUCUGCAUGAAGCAUCUUUGAACCUUUCACAUGAUACUUUGUGUUCAGACAACUCUUCUGCCGGUGGUCUGCCCAUGUCUGCUGACGAUUCUCGUGGAGGCUCUGCAAGUGGGACCCGGGAGAGGAAGUGGGGCGAGUUCAUUACUGAGAGGGAAAGUGAUCUGUGCGCUGCGUCGCCGGUGUUGCAGACAGGCCAUGGCGGCCCCUCAGCAGCUCCCCAUCCCCUGGGUCUCUGGACUCCUCCCAGAUCCACCAGCAGUCCUCCCAAGGCAGAGACCCCCCAGCAGAGCAGGGCUGCGGGCAGGGUUGUCACCCCUGUCUCAAAGCCAUCGCGGCCAGCGGCCCAGGGGCUGUCUGACGGGAAGAAGCGUUUGUCUCCUGUGUCCUCUGCUACAAAAGGCCGCCCCGAGGGCCGUGCACAAGCCAUGGGCUCCUCCGUCAAGAGAAGGAAGACCCGGGAGAACUGGCCAGCCUCAGAGGAGGGGCGGAAGAGGAGGCGGUCCCUCAGGCAGCGCCCUGCAGCCUGCCUGCGGCUGUGGGAGGCGGAGAGCGGCCUGUGCUCUGUGCGGAGGCCCGCUGUCAAGAGUCUGGCCCUCGAGGGGUCCUCAUACUAUGAUUACUUUUCUCCUGACAAUCUCAAGGAGAGGGUCUCGGAGGGGCUUCUUGGGGAGCAGCUGCCCUCCAGCCCCUCUCCGCUCCGAGGCCAGAGGAGCCUUUCCAAGACCGAGAGGACCAGCCGCCUGGACAGGGCUGACCUCUCCCUCAUCGGCAGAGGCCCCAGACCCGCCGUCGGCACCUGCUCCACGGCGAAGCCCGGCCCCUGCCUGGAGAGGCCUGCGCUCUCCGGGGCAGACGCGGGGCUGGGCGGCGGGACCUCGGGGGGCAUGCCUGCUGCUGACGGGACCCCCGGGCCCUGUGCCCAGGCCGAGGCCCAGGGCGGGGGCGAUGCCCGCCCCGCUGGGGGUGACGUUCCGCACGCCCCCAGUGGACUCGUCCCCUGGACAGGACCACAGGGAGACCCCAGCCCUCUGAAAGGAAGCACGGAGGAGAGGAAAGAAUGCACUGACACCCAGAGCAUGCGGAAAGAAGGCACGCCUCCCGAAACGAAGGAGUCUGCUGAGGCGCACAGUGAGGGUGAACUGAACGCUGUAGGUGACUGUGCUGAGGAAGGAUCCACGGAGAGGGAAGCGCCAGCCCAAGGAAGUAGAGAAAGACCCACCGAUGUUUUAGGAGGUCCAUAGUCGGCCCACCUGGAAUUUCCCCUCUUUGGGAAGCCAGCAAAGGUAAAUGCACUUUGCCUGCAGCCGUCUUAGACGGUCGAGAGAUGCUGAAACUGCGGAGCAGCAAAGCCCAGUCUGUACAUCAAGCUGUGCCUCUCCAAAUCCUGAUGUUGAAAUAAAAGUCUU